AUGGCACUAGAAUCCUACCAAAGCGCUGAGCGCUGUGUGGCGACAACAUCCAAACCACGCUCAGAGAUGACUUUAGAGGAAUUAGCUAAGAUUGAAGAGGAAGAAUUCAGUACGGGACCUCUUUCAGUGCUCACACAGUCUGUAAAGAACAAUACACAAGUGCUUAUCAACUGCCGUAACAACAAAAAGCUGCUUGGACGUGUCAAGGCUUUCGACCGGCAUUGCAACAUGGUACUUGAGAACGUUAAGGAAAUGUGGACAGAAGUGCCCAGGCUAGGCAAAGGCAAGAAGGGCAAAGCAGUCAACAAGGAUAGAUUUAUCUCAAAGAUGUUCCUCCGUGGAGACUCAGUGAUCCUAGUAUUAAGAAACCCGCUCGCCACUGCUGCCGGCAAGUAA